AGUGCGUCGCCGUGACAGUGAGAAAUCGCCUCAUCGAACAAGACGAGCACAUAUCCCAGAAGCCCUCCGCCUAGAUCCCUCCGCAGCACAGCUACCAGCAGCAGCGUUCUUCAACAGACAACAUGGCAGACAAGAAGCAGACCGUGGAUCUUGGGCUAUUAGAGGAGGAUGAUGAAUUCGAAGAAUUUCCAGCAGAGGACUGGACAGGUCUGGACGAAGACGAGGAUGCACACGUCUGGGAAGACAAUUGGGAUGACGACAACGUAGAAGAUGACUUCUCGAAUCAACUCAGAGCGGAGCUGGAAAAGCACGGCUACAAGAUGGAGACGUCGUAGUGCUUUGCUAAGGCCCCUUUGGUGUUGACCAACGUUGGAUACGGACUUUGAUGUUAAACAUUUCCAUUGUGAAGCAAUGGUAUAAAAAUAUGUUUUUGUUUUUGUAAGAAGUAUUGAAGUAAAGUUUUGAAAAAUAAUGUUGGUGUUCAUUUUUUUGUUUACGUGAAAAUUAGGGAUUGUUUUCUUCAGCUGCUGUAAUGCUGCCUAGUUCAGUUAGAUUAUCACUUGGCUGGAUUGGAAUUAAGUUAUUAUUAAUGUUAAUCUUGGUGCGUAAACUAAAUUUGCAUUCAGUAGUUACUGAACCAAAUCCAUCAUUGUUUUGAACCUCUAAAAUGUAGUCUUGGUUAAUAAAUAAAAGCAAUUUUCCAAUCAUGUCGGGCUUAGCUAUAAUGUCUUUAAAUUAAUUUAGUUGGGGCCAUUGAGGUUCUGUGUGGCAGAGCGGCAAUAUAACACUUCACCUACUGGUAAUGAAUGGGUAAUUGUUGCUCUGUGGCACACUCCACAUGCAGUUUAAGCUGUGCACAUUUGCAUGAUAUUACUCAAGUUUUAAGUGGCACGUUUUUUAUUUAAUGUUCGUGAGUUGUGAGCUGGUAUUACCUUUAAAGUCGGACAUUGAUUUUUUUUUUCAUGGCGCUGGUUGAACUGGUCUCUGAAUAAAGGGGGUUAUGUUUAUGCACGAAG